UCAAUAGUUAGUUAGCAAUGUGUGGACGACGACAACUGAUCUUGGUGGCCGUUUGUUGCCUUUUGGCCACCGCGUUUUCGCUUCCGGCCACCAGGAAUGAGGAGUUCUAUGACGGCUUCCCGCAGUCGGAGUUUGACUACGAAGAGAGAUAUACUAGAGAAAUUCCGUCGCAGGCCUAUGCCGCUCCAGUCGUUUACAACUCGCAGUCCAGCUAUUCAGCGCCGAAGGAGGAAGGAUACUCCGCUCCUGUUGCUCCGGCCUAUUCGCCAGCUUAUUCAGCUCCUGCCGCUCCAGCUCAAUCGUACUCAGCACCUGCAUCGGCGAGUUAUUCAGCUCCAGCGGCCCCAGCCCAAUCGUAUUCCGCACCUGCAUCAGCCAGCUAUUCAGCGCCUGCUGCACCAUCGUACUCAGCACCUGCUGCCCCGUCAUACUCAGCACCUGCUGCUCCAGCCCAAUCGUAUUCCGCACCUGCACCUCCCAGCUAUUCAGCGCCUGCUCCUCCGUCAUACUCGGCUCCUGCUGCUCCGAGCUAUUCAGCUCCCGCUCAAUCAUAUUCGGCUCCGACUGGACCUUCAUACUCGGCACCUGCCGCGCCAUCGUAUUCAGCUCCAGCUACACCAUCUUAUUCAGCACCAAAGGCUCAAUCCUACUCCGCUCCAUCUUACUCAGCUCCUGCCGCUCCAUCGUAUUCAGCGCCCGCAUCAUCUGGAUACUCAUCACCUGCCUCAUCUAGCUACUCAUCUCCUCCUGCGCAAAGUUAUUCGUCACCCAAGGGUCCAUCUUAUUCAGCUCCUGCAGCUCCCUCAUACUCCGCACCAGCUGCUCCAUCUUAUUCAGCUCCUGCUGCUCCAUCAUAUUCAGCUCCAGCUGCUUCAUCUUAUUCAGCUCCAGCUGCUCCCUCAUACUCCGCACCAGCUGCUCCAUCUUAUUCAGCUCCUGCUGCUCCCUCAUACUCUGCACCAGCUGCUCCAUCUUAUUCAGCUUCUGCAGCUCCCUCUUAUUCAGCUCCUGCUGCUUCCUCAUACUCCGCACCAGCUGCUCCAUCUUAUUCAGCUCCUGCUACUCCAUCUUAUUCAGCUCCGGCUGCUCCAUCUUAUUCCGCGCCAAAGGCUCAAUCCUACUCCGCUCCAUCUUAUUCAGCCCCCGCCUCAUCUGGAUAUUCAGCACCCGCAUCAUCCGGAUAUUCAGCAGCGCGAGCCUAUUCAGCGGGCUCUGCAGCACCAGCAUCAGCAUAUUCAUCAUCUGCUGCUCCAGCAAAAUCGUACUCAGCACCUGCAUCAUCCGGUUACUCAGCCCCUGCAUCGUCUGGAUCGUCCUAUUCGGCUCCAUCGUCCUCGGGAUACUCAUCAUCGAAGUCCUCUGCUGCUGCCUCCAGUUAUGCGGCUCCUGCCCAGAAAUCAUCGGGAUAUGCUCGGUCUCAAAUGGACCAUCGGAUCCUUGGUAUGGCAAGAACUGCUGGCUAUGGAUCUGCUGCUCCUUCGGCAGCUUAUGGCGGCGCUUCAAUCCCCUCGCCACCAUGCGCCAAAAGCUAUGUGUUCAGCUGUUCGAGCGUUUUUACACCAGCUCCUUGCAGCCAGAGUUACGGUUACUAAGUGCACAUACAAUACUCCUGACCAACUUGACUUAAAUUCAAGCUUAAUAAAAUGUGGAAAAGAA